GAAAGUUGAAACGACAGUGAACCGUGUGUCCGUGGGGGCGGAGCCAGGUGGUAGGGGCGGGGCCAGGUGUUAGGGGAGGAGCCAGAGGAGAGGACGUCAUGUUCAAGAAACGAAACUUAAGGAUCAUAGAAACCAAAGCCAUCCGACGUGGAAGCAGUUCUCUCUUUCAGGAGGAAAGAAGCAUUUUGGAAAACAUCGUCUGACACAGAGACCACAACAAGGAUGGCCUCUGCUAACACUUCCUGGUCUGAAGAGAACUUUUCCUGUCCCAUCUGUCUGGAUGUGUUCAGCAGCCCAGUUUCCACACCGUGUGGACACAACUUCUGCGGAACCUGCAUUAAUAAAUUCUGGGAUGAACAAGUCCAGUGCAAAUGUCCUAUUUGUAACCAGAUUUUUGACACUAGACCUGAUCCACAGGUCAAUAUCUUUGUAUCAGAGAUGGCUGAUCUGUUCAGAACGACCGUACGAGUAAAGGAGCUGCCUUGUUUUGAACCAGCAGAAGUUCCCUGUGACGUCUGCACUGGGACCCAGCUAAAGGCUGUGAAGUCCUGCCUAAUGUGUUUUAUGUCUUACUGCCAAACCCACCUGGAGCCACAUCAGAGAGUCGCAGUCCUGAAGAAACAUCGGCUGGUCGAGCCUAUGGACCGCCUGGAAGACAGGAUGUGUAAGAAACACGACCGACUUCUGGAGCUCUUCUGCGAGACUGAACAGGAGUGUGUGUGUCUGUUGUGCACAGUGACAGACCACAAGUCCCAUCCUGUUGUACCUCUAAAGGAGGAAUAUGAAGUGAAGACGGCCCUGCUGGGGAAGAUCGAGGCUGAAGUUCAGCAGAUUAUCCAGGAGAGAAAACUAAAGAUUAAGGAGAUAAAAGACAAGGUUGAAUUUAGCAAGAAAGACGCAGACGGAGUGAUAGCCGAUGUUGGGCAGGUCUUCACUGCUUUGAUGCGUCGCGUUGAAAAGUGCAGAGAUGAUUUCAACCAAACAGUUAAAGAGAGACUGAAAACCACAGAGAAACAAGCUGAAGACCUCAUCAAAGAGCUGGAGCAGGAAAUAGAAGAUCUGACCAAUAGAAGCUCAGAGGUGAAGCAGGUCUCACACACUGAAGACCACCUCCACCUCCUCCAGACCUUCAGAUCCCUGAAGGAUCCUCCACCCACCAGGGACUGGACCACGGUGGAGGUCCGUCCUCCGUCAUACGUAGGGACCUUGAGGAGAUCCCUGGAUCAGCUGGGGAAGACACUGAACAUGGAGAUGAAGAAGCUGCGUGAUGCUGAACUGAAGAGGGUCCAGCAGUAUGAAGUAGAUGUGACUCUGGAUCCUGAUACAGCUGCUCCCUGGCUCAUCCUGUCUGAGGAUGGGAAACAAGUACAUUUUGGAGGUCCAGUGGGGAACCUCCCAGACAACCCUAAGAGAUUUACUUGUUGGUUUACAUGUGUUCUCACAAGGCAGAGCUUCUCCUCAGGGAGAUUUUACUUUGAGGUCCAGGUUAAAGAAAAGACUGACUGGUGGUUAGGAGUGGCCAGAGAGUCCAUCAACAGAAAAGGUGGGACCAUGUGGACCCCUGAGACGGGUUACUGGACUCUUCAAUACAACAAGGAUGGGUUGGUAUUUAGAGAUAAACCUGCUGUCCGUCUCCUUCUGAGAGCUCGGCUCCAGAAGGUGGGGGUGUUUGUUGAUUAUGAUGAGGGUCUGGUCUCCUUCUAUGAUGUGAAAGCCAGGGUUCAUAUCUACUCUGCUACUGGCUGUGCCUUCACUGAGCCUCUCUAUCCAAUCUUCCAUCCAGGUUCACAUGAAGGAGGUAGAAACUCUGCCCCCCUGAUCAUCUCACCUGUCAAUCAAACAGACUAGGACUUUUGUUUGAUAACAAAAUAAACAAACCAAAAUAACUAAUGUUUCCUGAAUGGGAAUCUACCAUGGGAGAUCUGAGAGAACUGCAUUCAUAUCGUAAUAUUCACUGUUAAUUAACAACAAAAUGCAACUUACACUGUGUACUAUAAAUAAAUAUAAAUCAUUAUAACUGGUUAGACUACUCUUUAAUGUUCAAUGACUUCUUUCUGAUCGUUUUUUAAAUACUAUUACGUUAGUUGUGCAAAAUGUUAUUUUUAUUAUUAUUUUGACAGGGUUAUGGUUAAGGGUUAACCCUAACAACUAGUGACAACAAAUACAAUGUCGUGGUUGAUCCUGCCAGUAGCAUAUGCUUGUCUCAAAGUUUAAGCCAUGCAUGUAUAAGUCCACACGGCUGGAAAAGUGAAACUGCGAAUGGCUCAUUAAAUCAGA